AGGCCUCCCACCCAGAGGAGAAUGGCUGCAGGAAAUCACUCUACAGUGACAGAAUUCAUUCUCAAGGGUUUAACAAAGAGAGCAGACCUCCAGCUCCCCCUCUUUCUCCUCUUCCUCGGGAUCUACUUGGUCACCAUCGUGGGGAACCUGGGCAUGAUCACUCUAAUUUGUCUGAACUCUCAGCUGCACACCCCCAUGUACUACUUCCUCAGCAAUCUGUCACUCGUGGAUCUCUGCUACUCCUCCGUCAUUACCCCUAAGAUGCUGGUGAACUUUGUGUCAGAGAAAAACAUCAUCUCCUACGCAGGGUGCAUGUCACAGCUCUACUUCUUCCUUGUUUUUGUCAUUGCUGAGUGUUACAUGCUGACAGUGAUGGCCUACGACCGCUAUGUUGCCAUCUGCCACCCUUUGCUUUACAACAUCAUUAUGUCUCAUCACACCUGCCCGCUGCUGGUGGCUGUGGUCUACGCCAUCGGACUCAUUGGCUCCACAAUAGAAACUGGCCUCAUGUUAAAACUGCCCUAUUGUGAGCACCUUAUCAGUCACUACUUCUGUGACAUCCUCCCUCUCAUGAAGCUGUCCUGCUCUAGCACCUAUGAUGUUGAGAUGACAGUCUUCUUUUUGGCUGGAUUCGACAUCAUAGUCACGAGCUUAACAGUUCUUGUUUCUUACACCUUCAUUCUCUCCAGCAUCCUCGGCAUCAGCACCACAGAGGGGAGAUCCAAAGCCUUCAGCACCUGCAGCUCCCACCUUGCAGCCGUGGGAAUGUUCUAUGGAUCAACUGCAUUCAUGUACUUAAAACCCUCCACAAUCAGUUCCUUGACCCAGGAGAAUGUGGCCUCUGUGUUCUACACCACGGUAAUCCCCAUGUUGAAUCCCCUAAUCUACAGCCUGAGGAACAAGGAAGUAAAGGCUGCCGUGCAGAAAACGCUGAGGGGUAAACUGUUUUGA